GAGAGACGCUAUCCUGUUCCAGUGAGAACCAGUGCCUUUUACCUUCCUGUCAGGAGAUGGAAGAAACACAGAAGCUCUGGAGCUGCAAAAAGAAGGGAAUCUUUCUAUAUCUAAUGCUGUUGUUUAUUUGGAAAGCAGUUGCUGUGCAUAUUCACUAUUCCAUUCCAGAAGAGAUGCAGAAAGGCUCUUUUGUGGGAAAUAUUGCAGAGGAUCUGGGAAUGGAUGGAAAGCAUCUUCCAGACCAUGACCUGCGGAUAGUUACAAGAACAGGUAUGGUUCAGUAUUUUUCUUUAAACAUCCACAGUGGUCAUUUACAGACCUCUGAGAGAAUAGACAGAGAGGCAAUUUGUGGACAGGCAGAGAAAUGCAUCUUAAAUUUUCAGGUUAUUGUUGAAAGUAAAAGAAAACUGUAUGGAGUUGAAGUAGAAAUUACAGAUAUAAAUGACAAUGCUCCUCACUUUCCUCCUGGGGAACAGGAACUGAAAAUCAAUGAAAUAUCUAUCCAAGGGUCCCGGUUUCCUCUUCCUGAAGCGCAAGAUCAAGAUCUUGGCAUGAAUUCUGUGCAGAGUUACCAGCUCACGGGCAGCAGCCAUUUUUCUUUGGAUGUGAAAAUGGGAGAAAACAGUGCUAGGCAUGUGGAGUUAGUAUUGGAAAAAAGUCUUGACAGGGAAGAGCAAUCAAUGUAUGAACUAGUCCUUACAGCUACUGAUGGAGGUGAUCCUAUUAGAACUGGCACUGCUCAAAUCAAAGUCAUUGUUUCAGAUAUGAAUGACAAUGCGCCAAUCUUCAGUCAGUCACUCUAUGUAGUGAGUAUUGAGGAGAAUAUUCCUAAAGGAUCCACAAUCUGUAGAGUUAGAGCUGUUGAUCUAGAUGAAGGAAUCAAUGGAGAGCUGAAAUACUCCUUCAAAAAAGCCACCAAGAAGGACUCACAAAUGUUUCUUUUAAACUCAACAACUGGUACAAUAACAGUCAUGGGGGACAUUGACUUUGAAGAAUCACCUUUUUAUGAAUUAGAGGUGCACGCUGAGGAUUAUGGAGGACUGUUCGACAGGGCAAAGGUUGAGAUCACCAUUACAGAUCUGAAUGACAAUGUGCCUGAGUUAACUGUAACCUUUCUUGCAAACUCAAUCAAGGAGAACUCACCAUCUGGAACUGUUAUUGCUAUUUUAAAUGUAGAAGACCAAGAUUCAGGAAUGAAUGGUGAAGUCACAUGUUUGAUUCCCCAGAUUCUCCCUUUUCAACUUAAAAAAUCUACAGAUAACUUCUACAGUUUGGUAACAGCGGAUGCCCUUGAUAGGGAGCAGAGAGAUUCAUACAAUAUCACUGUUUCUGUAAGUGAUCAUGGGACACCUCCUCUUUCUACAGCCAUGCUGAUAGCACUUCACAUUAUAGAUACAAAUGAUAACCCUCCACGCUUUUCAGAAUCAAUCUACACAUCUUAUUUCAUGGAAAAUAACCAGAGAGGAGCUUCAAUCUUUUCCCUAACAGCAAGUGAUCCUGACUGGGAAGAGAACUCCAGAAUAACUUAUUCUAUAAUUCAAAGAAAUAUCAAUGAUUCCUCCCUUUCUUCCUACAUUUCCAUUAAUUCUGAGACUGGGAUUAUUUAUGCCUUGCAUACAUUUGAUUAUGAAGAGUUCCAGGAGAUUAACUUCCAGGUCAAGGCCCAAGAUGGAGGCUCCCCACCACUCAGCUCUAAUGUCUCAGUGACACUCUUCAUCCUUGAUCAGAAUGACAAUGCCCCCCAAAUCUUGUACCCUUCAUCCCCCAGUGAUGACUCCACUGGAGUAGAGUUGGCCCCUCGCUCCUCUGAGCUGGGUUACAUUGUUACUAAGGUGGUGGCAGUGGAUGCAGACUCUGGGCAGAAUGCCUGGCUCUCCUAUCAAUUACUCAAGGCCACAGAGCCAGGGCUCUUCACCAUAGGCAUCCACACUGGAGAGAUCAGGACAGCCCGUUUCUUCCUGGACAAGGAUGCUCUCAAGCAAAGCCUAGUGGUUUUAGUGAAGGAUAAUGGGCAGCCCCCUCUCUCUGCCUCAGUUACAGUAACUGUGGUGCUGGCCGACAGCAUCCCUGAAAGCCUCUCUGAUAUUAGCAGCAUCUCAGUUCCUGCAGACCCUCAAUCAGAUCUCACCUUCUACCUGGUAGUUGCUGUGGCUUUUGUCUCCUGUUUGUUUUUCACUUUCCUGCUUGUGUUGCUGUCCAUCAGAAUGUACAAAUGGAGAAAUUCACAGCUGUGUGAUUCUGGAAGUGUGAAUUUCAAUGGUGUACCUGUCUCGCAAUUUGUGGGGAUUGAUGGCGUGCGAGCAUUUCUUCACUCGUAUUGCCAAGAGAUUUCUCUCACCACAGACUCUAGGAAAAGCCAGUUCAAUAUUUCCAACGGAAAUGAUUCCAAUACUCUGACAGACCACUUGACUAGUGAGGUAAAGGAUCCUAUCCUAGCUGGUGAAGAUUUUAAUUUAACCAGUGGAGAUCAGAUCAUACUCCAGGUGAGCUAG